AUGUUGAUUGGUAUUUGUGGCAGUAUCUGCUCCGGAAAGAGCACUGUCGCUCGGUAUUUGGUGGACCACCACGGCUUCAAACAUGUCUCUGUUGAGCCAAAUGCAGCCAAGGCACCUCAGGAACAAGGGAUCGGCUCAGAGGCAGAGACCAAUGUCUCAAAUAUCCACCAGAAGCAGCCAUCAAGGACAGCCCUGGUCUUCCCAACCUCAGAUGAGCUGCUUGAGUACGUGACUUCACGGUGGCGGGAACGGUGGGUGACAAUGGACGUAAUGGGCAAAGAAACCCUCGACGCGUACAGCCGGCGGCCCUUCUUCCUCCUCAUCAGCGUCGACGCACCCCUCCUCGUCCGGUGGCAGCGCUACCAGAAGAGGAAACAAGAGCUGGCGUCCGGCGCAGAGCAGCCCACCGAAUCCAUCACCAAGUCGCUACCAGACAGCCAACAAAUCCACCCGGCCGAGACCCUCGAGGACUUUGUGACUCUGUCCGACGCCCAGCUCUACCACUCGGAGACAGGGCAGGCGACGCACAUCUCGAGCGCCCCGGUGCGGCUCCUCAACACGUCGAGCUCGCUGGCGCACCUGUACGUGAACCUAGGCAAGCUAGACCUCCUGAGCACGGAGCGGCUGCGGCCGGGGUGGGACAACUACUUCAUGACCCUCGCGUCGCUGGCGGCGCGGCGGUCCAACUGCAUGAAGCGGCGCGUCGGGUGCGUGGUCGUGUCGCACAACCGCCGCGUCAUCUCGACGGGCUACAACGGCACGCCCCGGGGGAUCCGCAACUGCGGCGAGGGCGGCUGCCCGCGCUGCAACCAGGGGCUCGGCAGCGGCCACGGCCUCGCCACCUGCCUGUGCAUCCACGCCGAGGAGAACGCGCUGCUCGAGGCCGGCCGCGACAGGCUGCGCGAGGGCGCCGUGCUCUACUGCGACACGUGCCCGUGCCUCACGUGCAGCAUCAAGAUCGCCCAGGUCGGGAUAUCGGAGGUCGUCUACGCGCAGGGGUACAGCAUGGACACGGACACGGCGGCGGUGUUUAGGGAGGCUGGGGUCCGGCUGAGGCAGUUUGUUCCUCCUGCGAAUGGUUUGGUCCACCUCGAGAAGAUGGAGUUCCUUGCAUAG